GAAGUAAAUGAAAAUAAUCCUUUUGACUCUUUGAAAUUAGAAGGUUGGUAUGAGAUGAAUAUUUGGAGUCACCUUAUCGAUCCUGCCUUCUACAAUGUAAAUAUUAAUUUAAUUCAUAGUGAAGAGAUGAGUUUUGCAUCGAGUGACAGAAAAAAUGUUGAAAGAACGACAAAUGAUAGAAAGAAGGCUGGACGCGAAUGGAAGGAACAGAGUGAAACAAAAUAUAUUACAGAUUCAUUAAAGAUAUGUAAAAUGUUAAAAGACAUGUUAAACCAGCUUGCAAUUAAGUAUAACAUGAAAGAAGAUUAUGUGAGAAAAUUAUAUGUAGUAGAAAUGCUUCAGA